AUGCUUUAAUCAAUGGAUGACAGAAUUGGAUAAACCUUAGAUAACAGUGCCACUCGAUAUACAUAAGCAGCUCUUGUAAAUUCGAAAAUGAAAACAUACAUGUCAAAUAGCAGGCUAAACAGUCAAGAAUCUAACAAUAGCAGUCUGAACAACAACAGAAGAUUAUCCAACAAAGUCUAUGGAUCUAGUUUAGGGGGUAAAAGAAGUAGUUUAUCCUUAAGUUAAAAAGGAUUGACUGUUAAUAAAAAGGUUUUGUAGUCUUAAGCUUCAAGCUCAAGCUAUCUCAAAUAGUUUUCACAAUAAUCUUCUUUCAGAAAUCACGAUAGCAAAUUUAGACAUGUUCAGAUUCUCAAAAAUAUUCUCAAUUAAGUUAAAAAGCAGAGAAGAAUGAAGAAAAAAGCAAAAAAACUUGAUAAAAGAAAGAACACUCUACUGAAAAGGACUGGAAAGAUGAGCAGCUAACUUACUAUGAAAAUCUCAUCAUUCACUCUUGAUAAUGACGAGUCAGAAGAAUCUGAAGAUGAGGAUAUUGAUAACUUAGAAUAUAGGAAUUAGCAGGAGAUGGCGAGUAAAUUAAUUUUCAUGCCUGAUUCUCAAUUCAAGACCGUAUUUGAUGUUAUAGUACUUUUACUAAUUUUCCAGCAAUCUAUAAUAAUCCCCAUUACAAUAUGCUUUGAGAUGGAUGAAAAUUUGAUAUCUAGGACAUCAUAGUUUGUUGUAGAUUUUCUAUCUUCAUUGCCCUACGACUUUGUAUUCGAUGAAAUCUCAUCAUCUUUGCAAAAUUAAAAUCUAGACAAAGUUAUGCAAAACGAUUCCUUUGAAUCAGCAUCUUCAAUGCUUAAACUCUUAAGAGUAUUGCGAUUUUUGAGAAUACUGAAAUUGCUUAGAGUGUUUAAAUUACAAAAGAUUAUGAUGGCAGUAGAAGAGUAUAUAGUGUCAGAUGAGAUUAUGUUUAUUUUAAGGUUUGCAAAGAUUAUGGUGACUAUAACUUUCUUUGCUCAUUGGAUGGCAUGCUUUUUCUGGGCAGUCGGAACUCAUCCAAAUUCGUGGAUUCUAAGUGCAUAACUUGAGGAUGAAGUGAUGAGUAAAUAAUAUGUCUUUUCUCUAUAUUGGGCUAUCCAGACAAUGUGUACAGUUGGCUAUGGGGAUAUCUCUCCAAGAAAUUCAAAUGAAUAACUUUUUGUUUUGGGAGCAAUGAUCUUGGCUGCUGCUAUAUAUGCUCUUACACUCAAUAAUGUUGCUAAGAUGAUUUAAAAGUACAAUAUUUUAGCAGCUCAGUACAGAUUGAAAAUGAUGUAUGUGAACUAAUUUAUGAAUUAAAAGGAUCUGCCAAAGGAUUUAAGAUUAAGAGUAUGGAGAUAUCUCCAAUAUGUUUGGGAAAUCAAAAAGCAGAUAAAGAUAGAGGAAGAAGAAGUAUUUGAGAUGUUAAAUUAAGAUUUAAGAGAAAGAAUUACAGUUUGCAUGAAUGGAUUUAUUUUGUAAACAAUACCCUUCUUUGAGAACUUUGAAAUGGAGUUUACAAGUGAAUUAACUUUUAAUCUUAGAAAGCAAACUUAUGCUCUUGAUGAUAACAUUUUUGUGAAAGAUGACUACUUUGGAGAGAUAGCAUUUUUUACUGAUGAAUAGAGAUGUACCACUAUGAAGUCUAGAGAUUUUACAGAGCUUUAUAUUAUCGAAAGAGAAAAUUUUCUUGAAUUGGCAGAGGAAUACGAUGAUGUUAUAAAGUUUUAUCAUGAAAUCAGACAUCAAAUUUUCACUAAGAAGGAUUAUAGCUUGCUAAAGUUAGAGUGUUACAUCUGCAGAAAGAUAGGCCAUAGGGCGAUUGAUUGUGUUAGUUUCGGACACAAGAGAGGAAAUUUAGUAUAAAUUUAUAACAGAAUAAAAGGUAGAAAACCAGACUAUAUGUCCACGUCAAUGAAAAAUCAGUAAUCAAGGUAUCAAAUAAAAAGUUUUUAAUAAUCUCCAAAGUAUAAAAAUACUAGAGCUUCUCGAGGCUCAUUAGUACUGAAUACUUCUAUAAAGGAGAGAAGAUCAUCAGAUCCAAUAGCUCAAUAUAAGAAGAAUUCAUCAAACCGACAUCGAUCUGUUUGUGUUGGAAGAAUGGAUCCUGUAUCUCCAUUAAAAGAAGAUUCAUUAGGAAAUCAUACAUCCUCUAGCAAAGGGCCACAAAAAAAUUACUCUACAAAUAAUGUGAUCAAGCUUAAUCAGAUCUUGGGUGAAGAUGAGUAAAUUUCUGAUCCAAUAUUCGAAAAUGACUUUCAAUUAAAUUUUUCCUCUGAUUCAUUUCAAUAAGAUAUGCCGAAACGAUUUUCGAAGGGUGAAUCAACUGCUAUCAGUGGAAUAUACAAUAGCUCUAAGAUAAGUGCAAGCACCAGCGCAGCUGGUGGGUCUCUUAAAGAUCUUAACAUUUUUCAAAGAAAAAGUUCUCCAACUAAUUAUAAGGAGAGAAAAAGAGAACAGAGGAAAAGUAUAAUGUACGAAAAUUUGAUUUUAAAGCUAAGAAAUGAUUAGAAGAUUGAAUCAGAAACCAUUAAGGAGGAAAGUGACUCAUUCGAGAGUAGUGUUUCAAUUGAAGAAGAUGAUGAUAAGUCUGGAAAUGAUAUAACCAACGACGAAUUCAAAUCAUAGUAUAAUUAAGAUUUUGAUAGACUAAUGCUUCCGUUUCAAUAAAACAUGAAAAACUAGGAAGAUAAUCCAUUUAAGAAUGGAACCUCAAGAAAGCCUACUUAUCUUGGUAAUAAUCUAGCAAUUGUGCCCGAAGAAUCAGAGUCAAUGUACUCUCACAAUUUCAUGAAUUUGUAAGCAUCAAAUGACUCAUCUAGCAGAUUUGCAAGAAACAGUGCCUAUAAUUUUGAUUAGAAUCCGAACGCUUAAGGACUGAUGAGUUCAAGGCAAAGGAUGCCCACAUUAAAGUCAAUAAACUCAAAUAAUCCAAAAUAAAGGAGAUAACAAUCUAAUGUGAGCCUUAUAGAGAAGUAAAACCUAAUGAUAUCUAUCAACUACAAAGAUUUUAUAGUUGGAGGCAGUUAGGGAAAUGAUACUGAAAUAAUAGAGAAUAAUAAAAGGAUUCAUCAUUACCCAACUGUUGUCUUUAAAGAUGUUGAUUAAUAAUCAUGA